CGUAAUCCAUUCUGCUAGAUUAUUUUCCAGUAAAGCCCUCCGGUUCUCUACAUCACCGAAAUGGCCCCAACCCAACAGUCAUGGGUCUGAUCACGUGAGACUAACCAGGCAUAUAAAAGUAGCCCCGGGGUAACUCCCGGUAGAGAGGGAUUUGAGCAACAUGAGCAGCGACCGCGUCCUCAUCCUUUGCCUCGGCGCCUCUGUCCUACUGUUCCUUGGCUGCUGUGAAGAUUCGGUGGAGCUCCGUUCACUGGAAACCCCUAACAAGAGCCAAGAAGAGAAGGAGCUGAUCGAGGCGCUACAAGAAGUACUGGAGAAGUUGAAAAGCAAGAGAAUGCCAUCCGCGGAGAAGAAACUGGGCUGGGUACCCUCGUGUGAUGCUGGGGAGCAGUGUGCUGUCCGGAAAGGAGCCAGGAUUGGCAAACUGUGCAACUGCCCACGUGGCACCUCAUGCAACUUCUACAUCUUGAAGUGCUUGUAAGGGAAGCACCAUCUGGUAGAGUCCAUGCCAAGAAUGAACACCAGUGAGAGAGAACCACUGCUGCCGUCAUCACUGGCAAAGUUUUUGUUAUACUUCUUUAAAAAAUAAAGAAAAUUAAAUAAUUCAGCAGCCUGGACCAGUGUACCUUGCAGCCAUUCCUACCUGAGAGGCACAUCCUGGAUGUGAGGACAGAGUAUAUGACACCACAUAGAAGGGGCACCUGUGAUAUACAAUGUCACCUUCAUCAGCACCGCCUGUUUGGCUGCAGAAGAGGCUGCUUGACUUUUUUU